CAUGAACGUGCACGUUAUCAGGUCACGCGCAGCACGCAGGUGCGUCUCCCGGCGGUGCUUUCAAAUUGUUUGUUUUAGCAUAAACAGUCUGUUGGAUUCAUCUCGCUAAAUUUAUCAACGUAGCCGACAGCGUCCGCGUCAUUUUAGUUCAGACCGCUUUCCAAAUGUACAAACCUGAACAGUGAUGUACAAAACGAGCUACAAUGGAAGAGGAGGGACUGAUCAACUUCAAAGCUCUGAGGGCCAAGUUUCAGGAAGAGGCCCUCCUGGUUCAAUCCAAAGCCAUUCGACCAGCUGUUUCAGAGAAACCCAAACACCUUCCUCCACCUGGAGGUCACUGCACCUCCAUGGUUAGCAGUAUUAAUAUUGCUGUAGAAAACAAGACCCCAGUGGUUCCCCGGGUUAUCUUCAGAGAUGGGCUGCGGACAUCUGGAGGCAAGCGACCAAUUUCCUUUCCACCACUACCUCAGCAUACCUUCCCCUCAUCCCAGCUCGCUAAUGGAGACGGCACAACAAGGCAGUCCCUCAAAGACCGACACAUGCCUCUGGUGCUUCCUGUCCUGCCUGUAAAAGAGCAGAAGACAGAGCUGCCAGCCAAAAAGGAGCACAAACUGGAACCAGAGCCAGUGAAAGAAGUCCCGCCACAAACUAAAAUCAAGAAGAAAGGUUUGCUGCUACCUUUCAAGUCAGCCAAAGUAUCAAAAGUCUGUGCAGAAAACGGAGAGGAGCCUUCGUAUUCUGAUUUGACCACCAGACCUUCCAGUGCUCCUGGCGAGUUGCCCUCUGUGGAAAAACAAACCACAGAAGAUGGGGUUUUGCUCCAAAGUGACCAAUCAACUGCUGAGUUCCCCCCCUCCAGCCCAGAUAUCCCAAUCACCCCUCCUUCUGCAGAGACAAGUGUUGACUCCGACAACAAAAUCAUUAGCACCUUGGAGAAGGCCAAGAAGAAGUUUUCACGCAGGCAGAUGUUGAUAUCUGCCAAACCUAAGAGCUUGCGUUCCCCUGACUACGUCUCAAGAGACAAGGUGUUCCCUUCGCCGCCAAAGAACAUCGAAAGUGUCAAGCCUGAGCUACCCAUACCCCCACCAGUGUUUCUUCCGCACCUGGCUUGUAUUUCGGCUCGGCCUUUCUUCAAAGCCAACAACUCUGCACACAAGUCUGCAUUAAAUAAGCAGCUUGGCAGGGAUAAAGCUGAACUUCCCUCUGUCAGGACUGGUGAACCUCAUUCACCCUCUACUCCUCCAAAGAAGCCUCUACCUGAUCUGAGGUCAUUGGGGCCAUUGCCACCAAAGCCCCUCAGACCUCCACUAGUAGAUCUCAGCUGUUACCAUCUACCCACAGUUAACGAGGUGUCACCAAGUCUUAGCCAAGCACCAAGUGAAGAGCCAGAGUCUGAGCAGCCAUCAUCUGUACUAGACGCUCCGGAGUUUCCAGACUUUGAGAAUUCCGAGAUGGAAAUAGCAGGUGAAGCUGUUGACAUUGGUGCACUUGAACUGGAGGCCUUAGACUUAGUCAGCACUCACCUUCCUGUACCAGAUAACUGCGGGGUCACUGAUUUUGAGGAUACACAACCUGACUUGUCAGUGUGUGAUCCUGUAGAGCCCCUUAUGAGCACCGGCGUCCAAGAUCUAAACCUUGGCAGUCCAAACAUAAUACACCUCGAUCCAGCCAGCUUCCCUGAACCAAAAAACCUUUCAGAGUUCUCAGAGCCUGCUGUAGCAGAGCAGUGGUCUCAGAUCUUAGAUCCGCUUUCUAACUCUCAAGCUGAUGAGACUGAUCUGGAAACUGCAGAGUCCCACUCUGCUGCAGAGGAAGCAGACAGUGGUAACCACGCAGCAUUGAAUGAUGGGAUUCAACCACAUACGAGUGUAUAUCAACAGGGCGGCUACAAUGAAGCGUGCAAUAAUGUGUAUGAGGAUGUCGAGAACACCAACAAAUUAAUCUUGGGCCAGAACUCACGUAAACGAAAAGGUGGUCUGAAGAAUCCAUAUGCUGACAACCACCCUAUGAAAGAAGAGGCGUGUCUCAACAUAUGGCCACGGAAUCCCUGGGGCAGCAUAUCAGGAGAACAUGCUCAUUUGGCCCAUAGUCAUGUCCACAGUAAAGAACGCCAAAGCCCCAACACUGCAGAUCAUAAAGAACAGAAGAAGAGGGAGAAGCAUCGACUGGAGAAGGAGAAAAAGGAGCAAAAAGAAAGGGAGAAGAAGGAAAACGAAAUGAAAAAGAAGUUCAAAGUGACGGGCGAAGAGGAGCCCAUGUACCACGCCAAGGUGAUGGUGGCUAGCAAGGUUCGCAAGAAUGACCUCCCUGUGAAGAGCGGGGACACAGUCAGCAUCAUUCGCACCACCAACUGCCCCAAAGGCAAAUGGUUGGCUAGAGACGCCAACCACAAGUACGGUUAUAUUUCAGUAAUGAAUGUGGAACUAAAUAUCAAGGAGAUGCUGGAACUUGGCAAGAAGGCCCAAGCAGCUGGACGAGGAGGCAACCUGGAGGGAGAUACCAUCAGCAUUGGGAGCAGAUCCUCUAGCCACCCUGUACUAUCAAGCAGUUUCACAGAUGACAGUGAGGAGUGGGCAUAUGAAGAUGAGACCCUCUCACCCUCCAAUGAAAGCCAUAGCUUUGCCCUGCAGACUGCCUCAAUGUCCGAGAUGUCAUGUGGCCAUGUCAGCGCCCAGCACACUCUGAGCGAUGCCAACCUGGAGGACUUACACACACAUUUGUCUUCAACCUUUAGGACCAGACAUGAGGCCCUGCAGAAACUAGCCAUCUUCUUUCAACACAGCAAAGAUGAAUUUGGUGACAUCCCUGGUAGUGGAGGAGCAACGCCUACAAAUGCUCAGCCACCAAACUUCUUGUGUGCUGUUGAGGAGCCUCCAUAUCCUGAACAGGAGGUUGACUUCACGGAGCUGGAACUCCUUCCUCCCCCGCCACUAUAUGCUGACGCCUUCUGAUUACCACAUCGAGUAAAACAGAGAACAUCAGCAUGAAAAACCGAAACUUGUACAGUUCACCGUUCAUCUGCCAUGGAGACCAGUUUGCCAUGUAUUUGAAAAUGUUUUUUGAUCUUUACAGUGGAGAAAAGAAACCAUCAUGAAUAGAGCUGCUGUAAUGACUGUACUAUAAUUCUGAUUUCACCUUUUUGUUUAGUUAGUUGUGCAUACUGGUGCAUUUUCACAUUUUGUUCUACCCUUUUUUUCGUUUCUCUGAUGUUACUGUUAAUGGAGCACAAAUUUAAUCAUUGCACUUUAUUCAAAAUGAAUGACAAUGACAUAAUGUUGCCAACCGUUCACUUGUAGUAGCUUACAUUUAAGGGUUUGUUUAAAUAUGUUCUUUGCAUUUGGAUUAUUUUGAUUUGUUUCUGUUACAUCUAAUAAAUAUUUGUCAUUGA